CCAGGAGACACGCACUAGAGAGACAGAGAAGGAGGCACACACACACUGGCCACCACCACAGCAUCAUCAGAGCAAACACAGCAUCACACUCUCUGGACUGGCACCUUACUCUCAGAAUGGCAGAAGGCACUGUGACGGUGGCCGAGGUGGAGAUGGCGUUCCAGAAGUUUGCCGUCCACGGAGACACGAAGGCAACGGGCAAGGAGAUGAACGGGAAGAACUUUGUGAAGAUCUGCAAAGACUGCAAGGUCAUCGAUGGGAAGAAUGUCACUAGCACCGACGUGGACAUCGUCUUCAGCAAAGUGAAAGCGAAGACUGCUCGUGUGAUCACAUUUGAGCAGUUCAAGCAGGCGAUGACGGAGUUGGCUCCCAAGCGCUUUAAGGGGAAGGGCCAGGAGGAGGCUCUACAGCUCAUCUAUGGCCUCAUGGCAGGCAAAGAACCCGCCAACAUAGGAGUGACGAAAGUAGCGAAAGCGGCGGCCGUGGACCGACUGACAGACACCGCGAAGUUCACGGGCUCCCACAAAGAGCGCUUCGACGAGUCCGGCAAGGGGAAGGGCAAGGUGGGCCGAGAGGACAUCCCCGACUCCAGUGGCUACGUUGGGGCCUACAAGGGCCAGGGCAGCUACGACGACAAGGUCAAACAGGACGAAUGAAGGGCAAGAAGAGAGAGAACAGAGAAGCGGGAGAGGGAAGGAUAGAGAGGAGGAGAGCAGAGAGAUGUGAAGAGAGGAGAGGAGUGAAAAAGCAAUGUUGUAAUAGAAAAGUUUUAGAUGAGAUACUGUAUACUGUAUGUGCAUUUGAGCAAAUGUUACAUUGAUAUACUCUAUAUGUGUAUAUACUGUAGCUAUGAAGAAGGCUCUGUCUGAUGUAUUCCCCACUGAUGCAAACACAACCAGCACUAACAACUAACCACACUAACCUCACGCCCCAAACCCCUCCAUCUCUCUAUCUCUCUGCCUGUCUCUUAACAACACUGGAGCUUUUGUGAUGCCGGAGAGUCUCUCCGUGGCACUUCAGACGCUUGUAUUAAAAGACCCCGCGGUUGUACUGUAUGUGUCCCGGUGCCUUAGCUACCACUUGCAAUUGCUACAAAAUGCCUUAUUCUCCAAAUAGAACCCCUUAGCUGUCCCCCCGCAACUAUCACUGCCUCCUAAUAGGUGCAUGUAUGUGUGACUGUGUGACUGGUGCAAUGAGAUACACAUAAUGAAUGUAGUCAUAUUUAAUAAUAAAAUGAGAAAAGGUCAGAAAAGGUCAAGCAGAUGGUGAACAGGACGAGGACUGUGCUUUGAGAGGAAGAUGAAGUGAGAGUUCAAGAGGGAGGACGAAGAGGCAGAUGGCACUUCUUCUCCUCCCUCCCUCUCUCUCCCUGCUCCUUUUCUCUCUCUCUCCCUCCCUCCCUCCCUCCAUCUCUCGGAUGUGAAAGUGAUUGUUCUUUUCGCCUGAGUGUGUGAGGGCACUCUGUCUUGUGUAGGAGUGUCAGGUACUGCCAUCUCUCACAGAAAUCUGUGGAAAGAAAGAAAUGUCUCAAAUAAAGUGAUUGCAGAAAAAUA